UCUGCAGUUGUGGCUACUACAAGGAGGCAUCUGCCUUCAGAUUCCGGAGCCUUUGCUGAUUGGGCAACCUCGACUUCAUCCGCAAUCCGCGCCGCAGUCCCCGACGACCUUUCUCUCGGCUUCAAUGCCGGACCCACCUCCGCUGCCGCAGCCGGCUCUGCUACUGGCCCAUCCGCUGCGGCUGCCGGACCUUGGGCUUCUUCUUCUUCACGCCCUAUCAAUUACGGUCUCCCACACGAGAUGGGCAUGGUGGGUCUCCGAGAUGUUUUCGUGGUGGCCCCAGCUUCCUCCUUCAACCACCACCACCACCACCACCAUCAUCAGCAUCAUGAACAAAUCAUGGGUUCAGCUUCUGAUCCAAUCAAUGGACCCAAUGGCGCCGCUGCGGCUACGGCACUUGGAGUCGGAGUCGGCGUGGGUGUCAUACCGCUUCUCACUGCAGCACCGUGUUUGGCUCCUCCCCAGAAUAUGGAAGACGCAGAUUUUUUAAGCAACGGUCGUAACAAGCUCGGUGGAAUUCAGCUAUGGCAGAAUCAAAACUCUCAGUACCUUAAAAAACCAACGGCAAUUCUCGAUCACGGCAACAACGCUUCGAUGAAUCUGAUAACAGGUUGCGGUGGUGGUGGUGGUGGGGGGAAUAGUAACAGCGGUGGGAUUGGUAGUGGGGGUGGGUCGGGUUCAAGUUCCGGAACACCCUGUCAAUUCUGCAUCUUUCUGACUAAGAAAGAAUGCACUGAUAAAUUAUUUAAUUUCCAUGGCCUGAAACAAACUAAUCAAUUUAAUUUUUAA